AUGAAAUGGGGAUUCACCAAGCGGAAACCCGCUGAAAGUUACAUGUUGAUGAGAGGUUUCCCGGCAAUGGGUGACAAGAAGAAGAAGACGUUCAUGUUCAUCAGGCUAAUCUCAGCAGCCGGGACAGGGUUCUUCUAUGUCAAGAAGAAAAGCUCCAAGAAAGUCAUGGAGAAGCUGGAGUUCCGCAAGUACGAUCCAAGGGUGAACCGCCACGUUCUUUUCACAGAGGCCAAGAUGAAAUGAGUGAACCAACAACAAUUCUGCUGGUGAGAGUAAUGGCAGCCAGGUUUCUCAUUCGCUCAUGUUUAGAUAACUAUUUCAGUAGGAUUCUGAAACCUUGUUUCUGUGUUCUUGACCGCUGAAACUUUCAUAGCGUUCAAGGUUAGGAGAUUGGCAUCUUGCUUUCGCGUCCUUUAUUUUGCUGUGCUACUGGUGAACCUAUUGAAGAAGUGAGUAGCAUAUCUUGUCGAGUAACGAAGUUCAUGUGUUUUCUUGGUAUUGGUAGAAGGAUUUGAACCCCUCUGAAGCUUGGUUUUGCAUUCUCAGUUGAUGUUAGCUAAGGAAUUGAAGCAACUCUAG